AUGGCGGCUGCUUAUAUAAUGUACAGGGAGACCACCUUGGGCACGGCCUUGAGUCGUACCCUUGAUGAAUUCGUUGAGGAAGGUCUCAUCACCAAGCAACUGGCACUCAGGGUUAUGAGUACGUUUGAUAGAAACAUCAAUCAAGCUUUAGCCAACAGAGCUAAAAAUAAGGUUCAUUUCAAAGCUGACAAACUUGUGACUUAUCGUUACUGCGACAAUGUUUGGACGUUUGUAAUGGAUGGAGUAGAGUUUCGAGAUGUAAACAGAUUCAUCGAUGGCCCCAUUGACAAAGUGAAAAUAGUGGCUUGUGAUGGACGAGGAGUUAACGCAUUGCCUGGUCCAUAA